CGGCCGGACCACGGAGUGAAGCGGUCGUGUAGUGACGGUGUAUAAUGAAACUGUGAUAUUCUUAAUUCGAAAAUUUAAAUUAAUAAUUUAGUAAUAAAAAAUAAAAAUGCAUUUAAUAUUCGUGGCCAUUUUGGGUUUCAGUGCCUGCGUUGUAAAUGGACAAUCUUCAUGUCGGACGCCUAGCGGGGCAAAUGGUCAGUGUGUAUCGGUGUACAACUGUCAAGUUCUACUGGACCUGAUAAACAAGAAGGAUAGGACAAGUCAGGACAUUGAGCUGCUGCAGAAGUCACAAUGCGGUUACAUUGGUUCUGCACCUGCUGUGUGCUGUCCACCGAAGCCAUCUGGUACCUGCUACACUCCGGAAGGCAUGGAGGGGAAAUGUAUCAGUCUGUACUCGUGCACACAUCUAGCGAACUUGUUAAAACCACCAGUGCCGAGUGAGAGUAUCGCCUAUGUGCAGAAAUCAAGGUGUGAAGGUCCAGAACAAUACAGCGUCUGCUGUGGUCCUCCUCCGAACCGAGACCCUACAAUGAUACCUCCCGGUGGCUGCGAGUCCCAGAUGACCGCCUUCCCUCCAGACCCGAAGAGUGAAUGCUGCGGUGUCGACAGUCGAGUUGGAAAUAAAAUUGUCGGCGGUAACGCAACAACAGUAGACCAGUACCCAUGGUUGGUGAUAAUUGAGUACGUGAAGCAGGGCGUGACGAAACUACUCUGUGGUGGAGCUCUCAUCAGUGGGCGCUACGUGUUGACAGCUGGUCACUGUGUCGCUGGUCAAGUCCUUAAUGUUGGCACACCACGACGGGUACGUUUAGGAGAAUACGACACCGGCCACGACGGCAAGGACUGUGCACCUGUAGAAGCUGGCGGCGAAGAUUGCACAGAUGGAGCCAUUAAAAUUAAUAUUGAGAAGAUCACUCCUCAUCCUCAGUACAACCCUGCUAGUCCCUUGAAGAGGAAUGAUAUCGCUUUAAUCAGGCUGGCAGAGGCAGCACCGUUCACAGACUUUAUCCGGCCGAUUUGUCUCCCUACCAAGGACAUGACAUUGCCUCAAAAUCGUCCUAUUAACUUUACAUUAUUCGCGGCUGGUUGGGGAGCAGUUAGUACGAAACAGUCCUACAGCGCUGUCAAACUCCACGUCGACCUGCCUUUCGUUACCCCGGAGGAAUGCCAACCAGUAUACUCGAAACCUGGCCGCAGUGUCACACUAUGGCAAGCCCAGCUCUGUGCGGGCGGACAACCAGGCAAGGAUUCCUGCAAAGGUGACUCCGGAGGCCCACUAAUGUACGAAAAUGGCCGCGCAUACGAAGUCACAGGAGUCGUCAGUUUUGGACCACUACCCUGCGGCAUGGAUGGAGUUCCCGGCGUCUACAGUAAAGUUUACGAAUACCUCGACUGGAUUAGAAGCACUAUCGUCGCUUAGAGUACCUAAUUCUAGUGGCCUAAUUUGAUUGGUCAAUUAAAAACCUGCGACCUGCUCUUAUGAAGUACAAGGAAGCCUAUGGUCAACACAAAGGGUCUCGUAAUUUUAAAGUAUGUUAAGUUAAUUUUUUGUAAGUCUAAUCAAAUUAGGUCGCUAUUAACGACAUCUAUGAUCGUCGUAUUAAAGACUUCUGCCAUGACAUAUCUUAGUUAUCAGAUGAGUAAUUAAAUUAUGUAAAAAAAUACCAAACGAUUUUUUUCUGAUAAUUAUUAGAUAAUAUCGACCAAAAUUAAUAAUGAAAUGAUUGACAAAAUCUAGUGUUUCGUUCUUUAAAGUCAAGUUUAAUUUAAUCAUAAUAAUUAGAUUUAAUAAUGCUUUAUUAAUUAUUACAAUUAGCACAUUAUUUUAAGUUAAAUUGUUGAAGCUCGUUGUUCAAUUUGAAGGAUUGAAGAUUGAUAGAUCAAUUUUAGGAUUGAUUCAUGAAUGAUUGACAAAUGUUUUGGCCACAAAUACGAUACAUAUACGAAAUAUUGAACUAUCAAUCCCAUUCCUGCUUUGCCGGUAUUACAACUUGCGUGAUGUUAAGAUCUCAAGGCUUUGAGCUGGUUUAGAUCUGUAUAGUUUAUAAGUAAAACAUCGUCUAUGAGAUUAUUAAAAAUUAAAUGAUUCGUGACUAUUUUUCACUUGA